AUGCACAAGGCUACAUGGAUCUCACCGGACCACACUACAGAGAACCAGAUAGAUCAUAUUUACAUCAAUAAGAAAUUCCGAAGGGCAAUGGAAGAUGUGAGAACCAAGAAAGGAGCUGAUAUAGCUUCACGUCACCACCUGGUGGUUGCCAAAACGAAAGCGAAGCUAAAGAAACACUGGGCAGCUGAGGAAACAGCAUUACAAAAGUUCAAUACAGCCUUCUUUCGACAUACUAGCAAAUUCAACGAAUUCAAGAUAGCUCUCAACAACAGGUUCCAAGCUUUACAUGAUCUACUUAAGGAAGAAGAAACUACCAUGGAGGCCAACUGGAAAGGUAUCAAAGAAGCAUUAACUUCAACGUAUCAAGAGGUUCUGGGCCUCAAGAAGCAUCAUCAUAAGGAAUGGAUCUCUGUAGAAACCCUGGACAGUAUCAAAGAAACGAAGAACAAGAAGACAGCAAUUAACAACAGCCGAACACGAACAGAGAAAGUCCGAGCACAAGCUGAAUACAUAGAAGCAAACAAGCCAAUGAAGAAGAGCAUUAAAGCUGACAAGAAGAAAUACGUGGAAGAACUAGCAACGAUGGCAAAAAAAGCUGCAAGACAAGGAAAUAUGAAACAGCUUUAUGAUACAAAGAAGAAACUAGCAGGGAGAUACAGUAAACCAGAGAGACCGGUCAAAGACAAAGAAGGGAGGCCAAUCACUGAAAUUCAACAACAGCGGAACAGAUGGGUAGAGUACUUUGAGGAACUCCAAUGA